GCGGCACCAGCGGUACAGAAAGGGCGCAGAGCAACUCCACGCUUCGGGACCCCAUUUCAUACACAUAACACACCGCGUUAACAUUCGCAUCUCUCCCACUUUCUCCGUCUCCCCCCUCCUCUUGUCUUCUCCCCCCCCUUCCCCCACACCCUAGUAUCUGACACAUUCUGCUUUCCCCGGCACCAUCCACCUAGCUACACACCGGAUUUAGAGCUGCUCUCCACUUAUUUUUUAUUUUAUUUCAUUCUGUUCAAAAUAAACCAAAUCUCGUAAUAGAUCUCACAAACAUGAUGGCGGCAGCUCCCAUCCAGCAGAACGGGACUCACCCCGGGGUGCCCAUAGACUUAGACCCGCCGGAUUCUCGUAAGAGACCGCUGGAAGCGCCUCCCGAAGCGGUCAGCACCAAGAGGACGAACACUGGUGAGGACGGCCAAUUUUUCUUAAAAGUCCUAAUACCUAGUUAUGCUGCUGGAUCUAUAAUUGGGAAAGGAGGACAGACUAUAGUACAACUUCAGAAAGAGACUGGCGCCACCAUCAAACUGUCAAAAUCCAAAGAUUUCUAUCCAGGUACCACAGAACGGGUCUGUCUGAUUCAGGGUACCGUAGAGGCCCUGAACGCCGUCCAUGGCUUCAUCGCCGACAAGAUCCGCGAAAUGCCGCAGAACGUGGCGAAGACGGAGCCGGUCAGCAUCCUGCAGCCUCAAACCACCGUAAACCCAGACCGCAUCAAGCAGACAUUGCCAUCCUCCCCAACUACCACCAAGCCCUCUCCAUCCGAUCACAUGACCACCUCCAGAGCCAAUCAGGUAAAGAUAAUUGUUCCCAACAGCACAGCAGGUCUAAUCAUUGGGAAGGGUGGUGCCACAGUGAAGGCUAUAAUGGAGCAGUCGGGGGCGUGGGUGCAGCUGUCGCAGAAACCCGACGGGAUAAACCUGCAGGAGCGGGUGGUGACUGUCAGCGGGGAGCCUGAGCAGAGCCGCAAAGCUGUGGAACUCAUCAUCCAAAAGAUCCAGGAGGACCCCCAGAGCGGGAGCUGCCUCAACAUCAGCUACGCCAACGUCACGGGCCCGGUGGCCAACUCCAACCCCACGGGGUCCCCCUACGCCAACACUGCCGAGGUGCUGCCCACCGCCGCUGCCGCCGCCGGCCUCCUCGGACACGCCAACCUGGCGGGCGUGGCGGCCUUCCCGGCGGUGCUGUCCGGCUUCACCGGCAACGACCUGGUGGCCAUCACCUCCGCGCUCAACACUUUAGCCAGCUACGGAUACAACCUCAACACGCUGGGCCUGGGUCUCAGCCAGGCGGCAGCUACGGGGGCCCUGGCCGCUGCGGCCGCCAGCGCCAACCCCGCGGCGGCAGCGGCAGCAAACCUGCUGGCCACCUAUGCGAGUGAGGCCUCCGCCAGCGGCAGCUCGGCCGGCGGCUCGGCAGGCACAUUCGCGUUAGGUAGCCUGGCAGCUGCCACUGCUGCCACCAACGGAUACUUUGGUGCUGCGUCUCCGCUCGCGGCCAGCGCCCUGCUGGGCUCCGAGAAGACCACGGACGGCUCCAAGGAUGUGGUGGAGAUCGCCGUGCCCGAGAACCUGGUAGGCGCCAUUCUGGGGAAAGGUGGGAAAACGCUGGUAGAGUACCAGGAGUUGACUGGUGCAAGGAUACAGAUCUCCAAAAAGGGAGAGUUUGUCCCGGGAACACGCAACCGAAAGGUGACGAUAACGGGAACGCCAGCCGCCACGCAGGCCGCCCAGUAUUUGAUAACUCAGCGAAUCACGUACGAGCAAGGGGUUCGAGCCGCCAACCCGCAGAAAGUGGGCUAGCCUCCACACUCACUCUGUCAGA